AGACUUCAGUGAGACCCUCAUCAUCUGCUCUCUUCUGCGCGCAUUUGAGGGUGAAGGAAGGCAGAAAAUGCUCUCCGCCGGCGCGAGGCAAAGGUCACCCCGGUGAGAUCUGCUCGGAUUAACGGGAACUGUCGAUGCGCCGGUCCUCGUAGCAGGCAGACAGACGUGGAAUAACGGUCACCUGUGGACAUGUAUCAAGGGGUGACGAUGACCAACAACCACGGACCCGCGUCUUACGAGCCCGGUUUCCUCCAUAACGCAGCCUCUGCGGUUACUUCACCGGUGUACGUGCACACCACUCGGGUAACCCCGAUGAUUCCGGCCCUGCCGUACCUUCAGACGUCCCAGCAGAGCAGCCCCGUGUCGGGUCACUCGGCCUGGACGCAGCCAUGCGCGGACACGGUGGCCUUGUACAACUCCACCGGUGCGCACCAUCAUUCCCCGGUGUCCAGGUUCUCCUUCUCCACGAGUCCUCCGUUAACCUCCGGGGUCGCUGCGGUCCGGGAGACGGCGGCCUACACGAGCCAGUUGAACAUCACCGCUAACGGGCGGGAGCACUACGGGUCCCGGGGUCUGGGUGGCUCGUAUCAUAGCGGGUACCCGGCCUACGUGAGCCCGAACAUCGGAAGUUCUUGGACGGCGUCGCACUUCGACAGCUCAGUGCUGCACAGCCUCCAGACCGACGGAGCGGGCAAUCCCACGAGACACCCGAAUUUUGAGUUAUUCGAUGACUUCGCAGAGGGGCGUGAGUGUGUGAACUGUGGGGCGAUGUCCACUCCUCUCUGGCGGCGAGAUGGAACGGGUCAUUAUCUGUGUAACGCCUGUGGACUCUACCACAAAAUGAACGGAAUAAACCGUCCACUCAUUAAACCUCAAAGACGACUGUCUGCGUCCAGGCGGGUGGGUUUGUCCUGCACUAACUGUCACACGACAACAACGACACUGUGGAGACGUAAUGCAGAGGGUGAGCCAGUGUGCAACGCCUGCGGUCUCUAUAUGAAACUCCAUGGGAUUCCUCGUCCUCUUGCCAUGAAGAAGGAGGGAAUUCAGACGCGCAAACGUAAACCCAAAAAUAUCAACAAGUCCACACCUGGGAUUGCCGGCUCUGAUGGUCAGAUCCCGCCCAGUGCUGUGAACUCCAGUCCAACAGAAGAACCUCGACUCAUAAAGACAGAACCAGACACAGUGUCACUCUAUACACACCAUCAUAUGCACACACAGGUCUCUUCGAUUCCUACAUACAUGGGAACUCAAAGCGGAAGUUCUGCUCUCAAACUCUCACCGAGUGGAUCUUCCACCUCCAAGAGUGAAGCGUGGAACAGCCUGAUUCUAGCUUAACAAACCAACAUGCUUCUGUUUAAUCCUGUAAAUCACUCCCUAGAGCCGGAGUCCAGACUGGAGAAUUUCAUCUGAGAACACAAGAGCAAAGAAGACCAUCAUCUGGUGUUAGCACGGAGCUUCAACGAUAGAAUGAAGAAAUAUAUCUGAUGGAUACAGCAGAACCCAGAGCACUGUGUUGGAUUCAGACUUGAUUGUGAUAUCAAGGAUCCAAACGUACAGAAAACUCGCCGUGAAUUCACAGGAUCACAGGAACCAGAGAACUUUACUUCACACUAAACAUCAGGGUCUUUAAAUCAACUGGACUUGCAGCAUCUACGUUAUUCAUCUUCAGUCCAUUGGUUUCAUGAGUUUUAAUCAUUUAAACUGAGUUCAGCUGUUUCUGCCAAAGAUAGCAUUUCUCAACCCUUAAAGAAUAGCCCACUGGAUUCAGAUGACGAAAAAUGUAGUGUUUUUUCUCCAAUGUGCUUUCCAGAAAAUAUACACAACCAAUCUGGUGUGUUUACUCCUUCUUUAGUUUCACAAAAAGACAAUUUCUUUACAUAUGGCACUUCCAGUAAGUCCCACGUCUACUGUUAUACAAUGAAACAACUAUCGGUUUAGACAUUCAGAUUCAGUUCAAAGCACUAUCACUGUAUACUAAUGGAUACGUCCAGCUUUUCUCAUCCUCAGUGAAUUCAGGUUUUUCUUAACUUAUAGACAAACAUUUGCCCACUGACUGCUUUCCUAUGAGUGUUAUGGUGCCACCAUGUAUAAAAUCUUCUUGGCUGAAUUAUUUAGACAACAACAUUGUUGCUGCAAAGAAAAUAAUAUAUACGUCCUGUCCUGAAAGCCACGUCCUUAAAACACUUUCCCCCCACUUCUUUUUAAAUAACCCUUACUGUAAAUUCUGGGUUACUCACAGAUGAUCUCCGUUCAUUUUAACAGAUUUUAAACGUCUUAUAUUUAUUCUUAUUAAAAAAACAGGGUCAUUUUUUUUCUUUCCAUCUGGAAAGAGGACUAUAAAAUGUUGUAAUUCGAAAUGUCCUGUGUGAACUUACAGAAUGAAGCUGAUCUCCCGUUACAGAAUAAACAAUGUUAGCUUGUGCCAUUUGUAUGUAAAGAAAACAGAAAUUCCAUAUGUAAUUUUUUGCUUGUAGUAACAUUAUGUACAUAACUGUAUGUGUGCAACUCACUCCAUGUUUUAACUGUUGUUGUGCUACACAACAUCUAUGCGAACAUCAGAUUGAAUGGUUUGUCAAAUUGUAUUUCUUUCACAGAGAGCAAGGACUAAGAUUUUCCACAAGUGCCCAAUCAUUCUGGACAACUAAAUUUAUUAAUAAACAUAAAUAAAUAAAAACGAAUAACUGCCCCACUGAAAACCCUAAUAA